AUGGCAGUUGACAGUCUUGUUUCAGAUCCCAACUUGCGACCUUUGUUGGAGACUUCACAGGCUACACUAGCCCAAACAGCAUCCGUUCUAACCUGGCUACAACAGCAACCUGCCGUGCCAGAACAACCCUCAUUAGAACAGAAACUCGAACUGUCCCAACAGCAGAAGAUCCUCAAUGCAUACCUCGCCAAGCUUAGAGGCCAGAGUCGUCGAGCCGUAUUCGGCGCAAGAGCCACCAAGCAGGAGACAGCUGAAGCCCGUCAAGAAGUAGAUCGAUUGUUAUUGCAAUUACAAAACUUGUACUACGAGCAAAGACACCUGAUGGGUGAGAUAGGCGCUUGCGAAGGCUAUGAUCAUGCUUACACGCACCUUCCUCUCCAUUCCCUGGAUGAGUAUCUUGCCCUGUUUCCCGAGCAAGCCGAGCUUCCAGAACAAGAGCUCAUGCCACUCAGAAUCGAGCACGAAAAACAAGAGCGUCAGAAAAUGGAACAAGAGAGGCUGGAACUGGUCAAGAUCAAGGACGCACUAGUAAAGGAGAAUACCAGAAAAAAGGAUGAACUGAAGAAGAUGGACGAAAAACUCGAAGCCAUGAUCGACGGACUGGAUCCACUGAAAGAGGCCUUGCAGAAAGACUUGGUUUCAUGA